AUGUGGACAAGCCUUCUCAAGCUACAGCUCUUAUGGGUGGCCCAGAAUCUUGGUGACCCGACCACGUGCCCCGUAGGUCCCGUUGGUCGUGCGUUGGCACUGGGCAUUCUUGAGGAUACCACUGACACGUCUGAUGCGACAUGUCAGUUGCAAAUGGCUGCAGGCGUAGUGAACAGCGGCCAAUCCUCCGAAUGGCACCUUCUGCAGAACGUAGGCGAGCUCUUCAACCACUUCAGGGUCGACGACGGAAAGCCAACAACACUGGUGGGCAGCUUUGAGUUUUCAAUGGGGGUGAUAGGGCAUGUGCUGACCAUGCUUGUUUACAGCGGCGUGAUUGUGGCUUUGAUCUACCUGAUUAUCAUCGGCCUACCGGCGAGAGCACCAAGAGAUCCCGCAGUGGAUGAUGGCCCCACCACGAAUUUGUUGAUUUUCAUGUGUUUGGUGUACGCCUUGGUGCACGUCACCAGCGACCAGUAUAUCCCAAACCUCCCGAAGAUGGGCCGUGUUCUCCAUGGCUCUCAAUUUGUGAUGUCUGGAAGCUUGCAAUACACCAUCUUGCUCAAAGGCCUUGUGGGGUUGAUGGCCGCAUGGUGUUCUGAUCGAGUUGGCCGACGUCCAAUGCUGUUAGCUGCGACGCUGCUGAUGAUGGUCACUUGCAUCAUGUGUGGAUGUGCCACCAGGGUGGAGUGGUUCCUGGCUUCGCGGUUGUUACAAGGCGUGGCGGAGUCAGUGGAGCCGGUGAUUGUGGCCAUGGCCAGAGACUACGCCAGUGAGGCCAAGCAACGACUGAAGCUUAUCGGAAUUUUGGAAUGUAUGGACUUCGUGGGGUGUUCCAUCUCUCCAGUGUUUGGUGCUUGGAUUGCGAGUCGCUACAACUGGCGGAUGCCAUUUUUCAUUCUCUCAGUUGCUUGGGCCUUUUUGUCCUUCUAUGGCUUCACUCAGCUCCGGGAAAGCGCGCCGGAGGCAAACCACAAGACAGCACCAAAUCUCUCCAGAAUCUUGGGCAACCCAAGUUUGCGCUGGCUACUUUUGACCGAAAGCUGCAUCCUCGGUGCUUACUUCGUGAUGGACACAAACAAUAGCUAUCUUUUGGAAAACACUUUUGGAUGCUCGCCACUGGCCACUGCCCUGGUGAUUCUGGGCUACGGCUUGUUGGCGGCCUUUGGCGCCGUGAUGUCCCCGCACUUUUUCACCGGAACCAUCAUGGCUUGUGCUAAAACCACCUGCCAAUUCUUCACCCUAAUGGGAUUGAUUUCCUUCAUGCUGGGCGUCUUUGCACCAGGCGUGAGAGACCUGGGUAGAGGGGAGAUUUGGGGAGCCUGCGUUGUGGGUAAGCUGCUUUGGAAGAACUAUACGGAUUGA